AUGUUCCUACUAUCGUCCGGAUUCUUUUACAACAUCUGGGUGCGAAAAGCACUCUCUACAGUUGGCCACAUUGUGCUGAUCUACGAUUACUUUCUUACUCUCGAUGACGAAAUCCAAUACAUUUGGAGCGCCCCUUGGACGAUCGUGAAAGUCAUGUUCCUCAUCAACCGAUACGGAAACCUUGUCGGACAGACCAUCAUUCGGUUGGAAGAGGCUGGCAUCCUCACACAUAACCUUCAAUCAUUCUGCCAAAGGUUUGCUAUCAGCACCACUUGCUUUAUGUUGCUAUCUUCAGAAUCGAUUCAUAUACUUGUGCUCAUGCGUGCUUGGGCCAUCUGGGGGACUCGGAAACGCGAGACAAAUAUUCUUGUCGGGGGCUAUGUGUUCUACGUUCUUAUUCUGCUCGCCAUGAAUUUGAUCGGUGCAGUACAUGAUUCUCAUGAAGAUUUCCAAUACCUCGACUUAGUCGGGAUCUGCGUGUCGGCGAUGCCAGAAUAUAUGUGGCUCAGCUAUUUUGGAAGCUUUAUUCUCGAUGCAGCAACCUUUAUCUUGACAGCGCGAAGUCUGUGGAAAUAUUCCAGAGAAUUUCAGUUUCUCUACCCCUCCAACCUCCUCCUAUUACUUGUUCGAGAUGGAACCAUGUUUUUUGUUAACCAGAUUAGUGUGUUUUACAACGCCAUGAACGUCGCAUCCUGGACUGUGUACGCGAACGGUCCAUACACUUUCUUACCUAAAGGGUUUUCCGGCCCAUUACUUUCAGUGGUCGGUCAGCGUGUGGUUCUGAACCUGAAAAGUCUCCCAACUCGUAGCUAUACGACGCACGAACUCAGCCGUGAGGUGGACCGACAACUUCAAGCAUUCGAACUAGAAGCAACCUGCUUGUCACGUCAACGUCUAGAUGACCUUGAUGACCCACAAGGUGGGAGAGAGCAUUAA